AUGUCCUGUGCAGACACGCACACGCACACGCACACGCACCCAUCGCGGGUGCCUUUCCUGGGCUAUGGGCGCCGGGCGCUCAUCCUGGCGGGCGAGGCUCCUCUGUCCUGCACCUGCCUCUCGGGCGUCUCCCUGUUUGUCCGGAGCCACGGCCGUGUCACGCGACGUUCAUCUGGCUCCGGCAGCGGGUGGCAGGGCCUGGAUCAGCCCGAACAGGGUGGGCUUGGGGACUGGGGCUCGGACACCCUGGCGUCAGACCCCGAUGAGUCCGAAGAGCUGGGCCUGAUGCCCACCGAGCUGACCCCUCAAAACGCGGCACCGCUGGGCCUGGGUCCCGAGCACGCUGACUGGACCCAGGGCCUUCCCUGGAGGUUUGGGGGGGCUACCUGCUCCCACUGGCCGAGCCCCUAUGUCUUACCGCAGGGCUUUCCCCAGGAGAUCCUGCCCCCAGGGGAGCCCGUGCUGCUGGAGCUGGUCGCCACCCAGGAGGUGGACCUUGCACUGGCCGACACCUGGCUGCUGCGCCUGCUGGCCAUGGCCAUGGUGGGCGGCUCCGACCGCAUGCAGGAUGCACCUGCCCCUCCCUCCUGUGCCAGUGCCCCUGGGCCUGAGGCUCUGCGGGAGUCGGGACAGGAGGCCAGGAACCAAGCUGUCCUGGAGGGUGGGGAGCCGCCCCGCCCCCGCUCUUGGUGGAUGCUGUCCUUGGCCCGGGGUCACCUGUGUGUCCUGAUGGGGCCCUGUGGGCUCAUGUCCGCCUGGGCCCCUCGGCUGCUGACCUGCGCGGGUUCCUGGAGGCUUCCGAGGGACCUGGGCGUGACCUGGUCGGUGAGGCCGGUCGGCCUGAGUCCCCUGCCCGGUGAGACCCGUCUGAGUGCGCCUGUCCAGAGCUUCGGAGGGGUGACUCCGGCCGUCUCUCGGGUCGGGGUGGUGCCGGAGUCCCAGGGCCGCUGA